CAAAUGUCCAAGACGGACAAGAAGAAGAGGAUCUCCGACGCACUGGAGAUCCUAUGUACUCAAACUGACCGAGACCACAUCAAUGAGGUCAACCAGAGGAAUGAGUCGAGUGAGCUCUUCCGCUCUUGGAUGGACUUUUCCAUCCGAAUGACUAAAGUGGCGGAAGACCGGCUCGCCCUGGUACAAGAGGUCUCGGACCUGAAGCAGGCGGCUCGGUCGCACUUUGAUGAAGUGUACCAGGCCAAGGAGGCCAAACGAUUGGCCGAGCUGCGCAAGGAAGAGGUGGAGGAGAAGAUCCGGAAGGGCGAGGAGGCCUGGCAGAAGGAGCAGACAGAGUGGAAGGAAGAGAGGGCCAAUCUUUCCCUGGCUAAGGAGAAUGCUGAGGCGGCCAAGGUCACGGCCGAAACCAAGCAGGCUCAAGCUGAGAAGGAACUGGCGGAGGUCAAACUUAAACUCUCCGCGGCCGAGGCUCAACUGAAAGAGGCCCAAGCGGCCGUUUCUCGCUCUCGGGAGGAGUGGUUCCAAGCUUGGCAGAAGUCGGAUGACUGUACCGAUUUCUGCGCCGACGUGGGCCAAUCUUCCCAUAAGAGUGGCGAGGACGAGGCGCUUGCUAGGCUUAAAAGAGCCUUUGCUGAUUCCUGUCCCGGGGCCGAUGGAAUUCAGUCUGGUCUCGCUACCAGGAGCUGGCCGAUGCCGACGCAGCGGAGAUUAAGGCCAGGAUGGCUGAAGAGAUGA